UAUUACCAGCCAACAUCUUGCAGGCCACGGUUCUUACUAGUUGGAGAGCCAGGAUGUGGGCAAGCUUCUCAUUUGGCACCUGCGGUAAUACAUGCCCUGGAAAAGUUUCCAGUUUAUACGCUAGACCUACCUGCUUUGUUUGUUACCGCCACAUCACUGGAAGAAACAUGUGCACGGUUGAUGCGAGAAGCUCAAAGAACAGCGCCGAGUAUCAUUUAUAUCCCACAUAUCCAUUUGUGGUGGGAGGCUGUUGGAGCUACACUGAAAGCUACUUUUACAACACUACUGCAGAACAUUCCAGCAUUUGCUCCAGUUUUGCUGCUUGCAACAUCUGAUGUGUGUCACGCAGAUCUCCCAACAGAGAUAAAAGAAUUGUUUAUUGAUGAUUAUGAAGAAGUUUUCAAAAUCCAGUUGCCUAAUGAGGAAGAAAGAAGAAUGUUUUUUGAGGACUUAAUUGUAAAUCAAGCUGCUAAAGCUCCUGCAUCAAAAAACAGUGCAGCGUGGCGGCCAUUGGAAGUGCUGCCUGUAGCACCACCGCCUAAGCCUCAACAGCUGACUGAGGAAGAAAUCAACCAACUGGAGGAGCAGGAGGAGGACACGUUGCGUGAACUUAGGAUUUUCUUAAGGGAUGUGACUCAUAGACUUGCCAUUGACAGACGUUUCAGAGCAUUUACAAAGCCUGUUGACCCAGAGCAGGUACCUGAUUAUGACGCAGUUAUUAAACAGCCCAUGGACCUGUUGGCAAUUCUCUCUAAGAUUGACUUGCACCAGUACCUAACUGCAGGAGACUUUUUAAGAGACAUCGAUCUAAUCUGUAGCAAUGCUUUAGAGUACAACCCAGAUAAAGAUCCUGGAGAUCGUCUCAUUAGGCACAGAGCUUGUACUUUGAGAGAUACUGCGUAUGCCAUAGUGAGGGAAGAAAUAGAUGAAGACUUUGAACAACGCUGUGAAGAAAUUCAAGAAUCUCGUAAGAAAAGAGGUUGUAGCUCUUCAAAGUAUGCUCCCUCUUACUACCGUGUAAUGCCAAAGCAGAACUCCGUUCCUGGGUGUACGAAAACAGACCCAAAGUGUAAUGAAAAAAUGAAGAUAGCAGCAGCACCUGUAGAUGCCAGUACACCCCAAACUUGUGUCGUUCCAGAUUCGUGGGUACGCCGUACGACUCGUGGGACACAUUCUCAGGCAGAAGAGCAACAGGUGACGUGUGCCGAUAAAGCCAAGGAAAUUCUCACACAGCCAGUGAUUGUGGAUUACUAUGAGCUCAAACAACUGUUGCGUUAUGUCACGGCAGUAACUAAAAAGUUCAGUAUAUUUUGCAUGGAAAAACUAUACGCUGUUCUGAGUCAGUCCAUAUACCAACAUCGGGAAGAUUAUGACAAAACUGAAUUAGUGCAGGAAAUGAAGAAAGAAAUUGCAGCCUUCAGUUAUGCUCGGUGUUGAUUUCCACA